UGUUGCUAUGAAACGGCAGCAAGCGGUUGGAACAUGUCACUUUGGAGAGACAGUGAUGUGAGACCGAGGAGGGUGCAUCCCUUUUUGGGUAGGAAGGAGCCAAAAUUGGCGAUGCGCAAAAGCCCCGCGCGCGCGUCUCGGCAGCAGCACCCACAGACUUUAGAACCCCUCCCAAUUUUAAAUAAUUAAAAAAAGGACAUUGUGAUGAUCCGUGUGCGUAAUGGCUGAAAUGUGAUUUUCUCGCCGUGGGAGAGCAGAUCGAGAUGAUACAAGGAGCGAUCUGUGCGCAUGGAGACAUCGCCGCUGAGGAGGGAUGCUGAGGCAGGAGAAGGAAGGAGAUGGCACAGGAGGAGCAGAGAGGGCGGGGCUUCCCCCCAGAUCCAACCAACUACAAUAUAACAGCAGCCGGCGCGCGUUCCUCUGACAAACACAAGCGGGUGUGCGCGCAGACUGGGGAGGAGAGCAGAGGAUGGGGAUGUAGUUCGUUCAUCUUUUUGUGUUUCUUUUGGUCACACCUGCACAGAGAAGCCUGUGUGUUUGAGCGGGAGCAGCUGUUUUUGUGUGUGUUUGGACAUUUCCGUGCGUCUCUGUCGGUUGGCACACUGUGCGUCCUUCCUCCACCGUAACCAUGUCAGACUCCGAGGACAUGACGGAGUUCGCCAGCAUCGUGGAGCGGAUCGAGCGGGGCGAGGUCCCCAUCAAGAACAUCGAGAGGGAGCUGAUCUGCCCCAUCUGUAAGGAGCUCUUCACCCACCCGCUGAUCCUGCCCUGCCAGCACAGCGUCUGCCACAAAUGUGUGCGGGAGCUGCUGAUGCUGAACCACGACGACUCCUUCGACGCUGGUUCCGAGUCCUCCCUGCCCGGCAGCCCCAGGUCCAGGGUGCCGUCCCCCUCCAUGGAGAGGCUGGACAGGCUCGUGAGAUCAGGUGGGUCUCGGGGUUCCAUCUCCUCCCCGGGCUGGCGAAGAGGUUCCGUCACUCCCCGGGUCACCACCAUCCCAUGCCCGGGCUGCCAGCACGACAUCGACCUCGGCGAACGCGGCAUCAGCAUGCUGUUCCGUAACUUCACCCUGGAGAGCAUCGUCGAGCGCUACCGGCAAGCUGCCCGCGCAGCUGUGGCGAUCAUGUGCAACAUCUGCAAACCUCCCAAUCUGCAGGAGGCGACGAAGAGCUGCAUGGACUGCAAGGCCAGCUACUGUAAUGAGUGCUUCAAGCUGCACCACCCGUGGGGUACUCCUAAAGCCCAGCAUGAGUAUGUUGGCCCCACCACGAAUUUUAGACCCAAGGUGCUCAUGUGCCCAGAGCACGAGAUGGAGAAGGUGAACAUGUACUGUGAAGUCUGCAAACGGCCAGUGUGUCACCUAUGCAAGCUGGGAGGAUCCCACGCCAACCACAAAGUCACUUCCAUGAGCAGUGCCUACAAGAUCCUCAAGGAGAAACUGGCCAAGAGUAUCCAUUACCUCAUCAGCAAAGAGGAUCAGGUCAGGACUCAGAUUACUGAGCUGGAGCUUCUCAUCAGUCAGACUGAGGAAAAUGGUCAGCUGGCAGAGCGUCAGGCCAACGAGCACUUUGAGCGUCUGUUGGAGACUCUUCAAGAAAGAAGAUCUGAGAUGCUGCGAUCCAUUGAGCAGUCUCGGAACCGGCGGAUGGAACAGUUGAAGUCCCAGGUGGAGGAGUACCAGGGCAUGCUGGAGAACAGUGGUCUGGUGGGUUACGCGCAGGAGGUGUUGAAGGAGACGGAUCAGUCCUGCUUCGUACAAACUGCAAAGCAGCUCCAUGUCAGGAUCCAGAAAGCCACAGACUCUCUGAGGACGUUCCACCCUGCAGCGGACACCUGCUUUGAUGAGUUUGUGCUGGACACAUCUAGAGAAGAAACUCUCCUCAAGGAGAUGUGCUUUGGAGGAGUUCCAGACCCCCCUCUGAUCGACUUGUCCCAAAGCAAAGUUUAUAAUGAGGCCUCGAUCAGCUGGAGGCUGGCAGACGACCAUCUACCUACAGAUCACCAUGUGCUCGAGUAUCGCAGACUUAUAGGCCCGAGCCAAUCCCCAUCUCAGGAGGAUGGAGAAGACGGUGGGUUCUGGAGGGCCACGGACAGGGUGUAUGGAAGCAACACCCUAGUGCAUGACCUGGAGCCGGACACCCUGUACUCCUUCAGAGUUCGAAGCUGCAGAAACUCCAUGUUCAGUCCUUACAGUCCUGAGGUCACUUUCCACACACCACCUGCUCCUGUUUUUGGGUUCCUGUUCAGUGAUAAAUGUGGGUUCAGCACCGAAAGGCUGGUUCUUAACAAAAGACGAGACGCAGUGGAGAGUGUGGCCGGCACGGCUUUCCUCCUUGCAGCUGAACGCGUGCAGACGGGCAGCUACAUCAGCCUGGACUACAUCAUUGGAGAUACGGGCAUUUCUCAAGGAAGACACUAUUGGGCAUUUAAGGUGGAUCCACACUCCUACAUGGUUAAAGUGGGAGUGGCUUCAGAUACAAAGAUCAUUGAAUGGUUCCACAAUCCAAGAGACACCAGCAGCCCAAGGUAUGACCAUGACAGCGGACAUGACAGCGGCAGCGAGGACGCGUCCUACGAAGUCUCCCAACCCUUCAUCCUCCUCACUCUCGGCAUGGGCAAACUCUUCAUCCCCAAGGCCUCUUCCUCCACCGCCAACCCGCCGGCCGGCGAUCCCGGCAACCGCGUGCUUCCCAUGCCCCAGCGCCUGGGCGUGUGCCUGGAUUACGACUCCAGCCGAGUCUUCUUCUACGACGCCGACACCAUGAGGUGCAUUUACGAGAGGCAGGUGGACUGUUCGGGAACGAUGUUUCCGGCUUUCGGCCUCAUGGGCAGCGGGAAGGUUCAGCUGGAGGAGUUCAUCGCGGCGAAGAGGCUGACUUUCUGAGGAAGACGGGACGCUUUCCUUUUUAGUGAGCUUUGUGAGGAUCUGAUUUUACCGACAGGGUAAAUUUAAACCAAACAGAAGUUUUAAGGAUGAGGCAUAGCAGUUGAAACCUUUUUUUUUUCUUUAUUUUUAAAUCUUAAAAAGGCCUCAAUUCACAGUACAGAAACACCUAUUGAUGUUGGAGGUCUUUUAGAUGUAAAAGGCCUUCUUUACAUACCAAAGCCACUUUUGGUUUAUUGUUUUUGUACUUGUUUUAAUGCUUGACUGGUUUCAGCUUUUCAACUUGCUCUUGAGACGGUCACUUCUUUUUAACAUUAAAAUGUUUUCUCUUUUUUUAAGGUAAAUAAUUGUAGAAAGUUUUCUUUGCUCGGGUGUUUCCUCCUCGUCUACACGUAGCAGCACAUGUUUAGAACGGUUUGGGUGGAUCUGAAAAAGCUAGCACCUUUAUGCCUUUUUAGGAAGCGAAUCAGUGAAUUUGCUUUAGAAAGCAGAUGAUGGUAUUGUUGCACAAGUGUAAAGAUUUACUGUAGGGAUAGUUUGUUCACACACUGUUCUAAUUAUGUUUUAACUUUUACUACCGAUUGGUUUGUUUUGCUGGCUUUUGCACAUUUAGUGAACUACGUCACGAUCAUCACUACCUGGGUUUAUCAUCCACUUUUUUAAUGCUGGAACUGCUGUCAUAAAUUCACGCGACUCACCUCCAUUUAAAGCUGAAUGCUGGAUUAAGACAUCUCCUCACUUCCUGUUUUGCACGGCACACCCUUUCCACCUCACAAAUGUACUUAAAAACUACAUCAGACUGACAGCUGCAACAACACUUGAAGGUACUGGUGCUAGUGACCCACUGCUUUGUUUGUGGAGUCGCAGCCUUUUCUUUUUGAAUCUAAAAAAAACAAAUAUUCAGGUUCAAAAAAGUGCUUUCAAAUCACCAAUGAGGUGCAAGCAGGCGUAGCAUUUUGGCCUCAAAGCUGUUGUCACUUAUGUAGAAAGCUUGAGUUGAAUCCGUUUAGUCUGAUAGUUCACUGGGGAUUCACGUACAUGUACAGAAAAAUGUGCCUGCUCAUGACUUUGUUUGUACGUUUAUGUCUAGGGUUUUGAUUUCUGAAAGGUCAGGGCAUUCGGUUUACGUUUUCUCAGGCUCACGGCUCUGAUUUGGGCUAAAUGCUACCUACCUCCGUCAGUCAGGCCUGGAAAACCUUAACUACUGUACCGGUCCUGACAAAAACAGGUUUGAUUUACAGCAAACUUUUUUCCAUUUUUACCAUCUCCCACCACUCUUGAAGUGACGUUAAGCUGAUAUUUCCAGUUUUUCUUGUUUUUAACGUUCCUGUACAUAUUUAAUCCAGACUACUGAGUGAAAUAAAGUGAAGUUCAUGUAACUGGUUGUUGUUUUCUUGUGGAUCGUAACUGAUGGAAGUUGGUGUAGGAAAAUGUUACCCUGUAUAGCUGCCUUUUUAUCAAGGUUAUUUCAUUUAAAUAGCCUGCUUUCCAUUUGUAUUGUUUGGCUUGACGUGUUUCUUUUGUUGGAGUAUAAAACGUUUUGUUUAUCACUAAAAUCUUUUCAAUUAUUCAACUGUUUGAUCAGUUCUGCAAAUGUUUGUGUGCAGCUGUUACUGUAGUCCUCACAGACAUGAAUUCUCUCUGAAAUCGACGUUUUGUCCAU